GUCAAAUUCAGUACUGUAAGAAACAACGUGGUAUACUUUGAUGUUUUAAUGAUUAAAACAAAAUAUCAUUCUAUAUUCUAAAAGUAUUGUUCUAUUUAUAGCUAAAUAUGUCGUCGUUUUUUAUCCGAAAUAAUAAAGAACCUGGGAAACUUAAAAGAAAGUUUAAUGGUAAAUCUGAAGGUUCGAAGAAAUUUGCGACAAAAGGUAAAAAGCGAAAUAUAAAAAAUAAUAAAAAUGAUGACGAAAGUAUUGCGAGUAGCGAUGAAGAAUUUGCUGAGCAAAGAAACAAAGAAAUAGAAGAAGAUUAUGACGAUGAACAAGAAGAAGAGACUGCUCAAGAAAAACGUUUAAGAUUGGCAAAGAAAUAUUUGCAAGAAAUUGAAGAGGAAGAAAAGGAUAGAGAGGAUUUUGAAAAAGGUGCUAUUGCAAAACGUUUGCAAGAAGAAUAUUUAGAAGAAAAAGGACGAUUGAAAAAAACUGUAGCUAGUAAUUAUACAGGACACUCUGAACCAAUUAUAUUGAAAUGUAAAUAUCACAGAGAAACUAUAACCUGUAUUUGUCUUUCAAAUGAUGGAAAAUUUCUUUUUUCCGGUUCAAAGGACGGAACAAUUGUUAAAUGGUGUUUAGCAGACAAAACUAAAGUCAAAAUCCUAAAAGGAAAACGAACGAAAGAUGAUAAUGGAAUCAAAUGCGUACAGUGUCUGGCAAUUAGCACGGAUUCAAAAUUUUUAGUGGUUGGAGACAAAGCUACUAAAAAUAUAACAGUGUUAUCGGGAGAUGAUUUAAGUCAUAUAAAAUAUCUCCAAGGGCAUAGAGGAAUGGUUACAGGUUUAGUUUUUCGAAAACAUACACACACUUUAUACUCGGCGUCAGCAGACGCGAGUGUUAAAGUUUGGAAUUUAGAUGAUAUGGCCUACGUGGAAUCAUUAUUUGGUCAUGGUAAUGCGAUUACAUCAAUAGACGCUCUUUCGCGUGAACGUGCCGUAACAAGUGGAGGACUUGACAGAAGUAUAAGAAUAUGGAAAAUUGUAGAAGAGUCACAAUUAAUUUUUAAUGGACCCGGUGGCAGUAUAGACACCGUGAAACUAAUAAAUGAGGAAAAUUUUCUCAGUGGAGGAGAUGAUGGACAAUUAUGUGUAUGGGGUUGUCUAAAGAAAAAACCGUUAUGUUCAUUUCCUGAAGCUCAUGGAAAGAAUCCAGAAAAUGGAUUACCUAAUUGGAUAUGUAGUAUUGCUACACUUUUGAAUACGGACCUAGUAGCAUCAGCUUCAUUUUUAGGUUCCAAAAAUGGAGUCGUAAGAUUAUGGCAAUGUGAGGAUUCAUUUCGAAAAAUUAAACCUCUUUUUGACGUUACGGUGGAAGGAUUUAUUAAUUCUCUUAUGUUUACACCCGAUGGUAAUUAUCUUAUAGCUGCUGUUGGUAAAGAACAUAGACUUGGAAGAUGGUGGCAUUUAUCAGAACCGAAAAAUGGUAUAGUUUUAAUUCCCUUAAUUCAGAAACAAAGUAAAUAACAUUUUUUUUUACUUUAUUUUUAUAAUGUAAUUAUGUCUAAAUCUGCCUUAGACAUUUCACAUGUAAAUUUAAUUAUUUUUAAGCGAUAUUUGUAUUACGAUUGUAAAAUAAACUUUUCUUUUAUAAAAUACAAGAAGCUUAAAAA